CGAGCGCGUGCAGUAAUGUUGCAGAACCGUCGCUGGUUCCAAUAAAAACUAGCCUACUUUAACGUAAAAUAUUUAUGGCUUGGCGUAAAGUGGUUUAAAAAUAGUGAAAAGAAAGUGAAAAUUUUCGCCGAGGUUGAAAACUCGAAACUAUCAAAAUGUAUGGCUUCGUGAACUAUGCACUGGAGCUGCUGGUGAUGAAGACCUAUGGCGAGAAGACAUGGGAGACCAUCAAGAAAAAGGCGGAAGUGUCAAUGGAGGGAUCCUUUUUGGUCCGUCAAAUAUACGAAGAUGAUUUAACAUAUAAUUUAAUUGGUGCAGCCGUAGAAGUGCUAGAAACCCCAGCAGACGCUAUUUUGGAGCUUUUUGGUAUGACGUUCUUCGAGUUCUGCCAAGACUCCGGGUAUGACAAAAUUCUUCAAGUCCUCGGCGCUACUCCGCGGGACUUUCUGCAGAACCUGGACGGUCUGCAUGACCAUCUCGGUACUCUGUACCCCGGCAUGAGGGCUCCGUCUUUCCGCUGCACCGAAAGACCAGAAGACGGUGCGCUGGUCCUUCACUACUACUCCGAUAGACCAGGCUUGGAGCAUAUCGUCAUUGGUAUUGUGAAGACAGUCACCAGCAAACUUCACAACACAGAAGUAAAAGUGGAGAUACUGAAAACGAAGAAGGAGUGCGACCACGUUCAGUUCCUGAUCACGGAGACUUCCACCACUGGACGUGUGUCAGCCCCCGAAAUUGCUGAAAUCGAAACAUUGUCUCUUGAGCCAAAAGUGAGUCCAGCGACCUUCUGCCGGGUGUUCCCAUUCCACUUGAUGUUCGACCGUGAGCUGAACAUCGUGCAGGCCGGCCGCACUGUCUCCCGGCUGCUGCCCAAGGUCACCCGGCCGGGGUGCAAGAUCACUGAUGUUUUGGAGACGGUGCGGCCACAUCUGGAAAUGACGUUCGCGAAUGUUCUGGCGCACAUCAACACAGUGUACGUGCUGAAGACCAAACCCGAAGAAAUGAGCGUCUCCGAUCCCCAUGAGGAAAUCGCAUUACGUCUCAAGGGCCAAAUGCUGUACAUACAAGAGACAGAUGUGGUGGUGUUCCAGUGCUACCCAAGCGUCACUAACUUAGAUGACUUGACCCGGCGCGGUUUGUGCAUUUCCGACAUACCCCUGCACGAUGCUACCAGGGACUUAGUGUUGAUGUCUGAACAGUUUGAAGCCGACUACAAACUCACUCAAAACCUGGAAGUUCUAACUGACAAGCUGCAGCAGACAUUCCGAGAGCUGGAAGCUGAAAAACAGAAGACAGACAGACUUCUCUACUCUGUGCUGCCAAUAAGCGUGGCAACGGAGUUGCGUCACCGUCGUCCAGUACCAGCGCGCCGGUACGACCCAGUAACCCUACUCUUCAGCGGCAUAGUUGGUUUCGCCAACUACUGCGCUAGAAACAUUGACCACAAAGGAGCCAUGAAGAUUGUGAAGAUGCUGAAUGAUCUGUACACUGCUUUUGAUGUGUUGACCGAUCCGAAGAGAAACCCGGACGUGUACAAGGUAGAAACAGUUGGAGACAAGUACAUGGCGGUAUCUGGUCUACCAGAGUAUAAGGUGGCGCAUGCGAAGCACAUCUCGUUGCUGGCACUGGAGAUGAUGGAUCUCUCAAAAACUGUUACCGUGGAUGGAGAACCAGUGGGUAUCACCAUUGGCAUUCACUCUGGGGAAGUGGUGACAGGUGUUAUCGGUCACCGUAUGCCACGCUACUGCCUCUUCGGGAACACUGUCAACCUCACCAGUCGCUGCGAAACUACGGGAGUGCCCGGGACUAUUAACGUUAGUGAGGAUACUUACAGUUACCUGAUGCAAGAGGACAACCACGAUGACCAGUUCGAGUUGACCUACCGUGGGCACGUGUCUAUGAAGGGCAAAGCUGAGCCCAUGCAGACCUGGUUCCUUACGAGGAAGGCCUAAGUACUAUCGAGGAAAUUGAUUCCUAGGCAGUUGACGGACCUACGUCAUGU